AUGAUGCUCAGCCCCGACCACGCCUUGGACUCGGACCACCCGUCGUCGUUGUCGGCGCCGUCCGACCCGGAGUCGCUGGAGGCCCGAGGACGGCGGAGCUGCUGCGCCUCGGACUUGGAGGCGCCCGACGGCGAGGGAGGCCGCCCGGCGCCGCCGCACCCGCAGCAGCCGCUGAGCCGGGAGGAGAAGCGGCGGCGCCGGCGGGCCACGGCCAAGUACCGCUCGGCCCACGCCACGCGCGAGCGCAUCCGCGUCGAGGCCUUCAACCUGGCCUUCGCCGAGCUGCGCAAGCUGCUGCCCACGCUGCCGCCGGACAAGAAGCUCUCCAAGAUCGAGAUCCUGCGCCUGGCCAUCUGCUACAUCUCCUAUCUCAACCACGUCCUCGACGUGUAGGCCG